AUGAGCACAGGAAAGACGAUCCAGAAGAGAGAAGUCGGUAACAAGAUUGAGGCCAACAACAAGAUACAGAAAGCACCUGAAAAAUCCCCAAUUCAAAGAUGGAUUGGUUGGGCCAUGAGACAAAGUUUGAAAGAGUCGAUAACAGGUCAGUGGAAUACUGCUUUGGUCCGUGAUAAUUUUUCUGUGGAAGAGGCAGCGGCAAUUUUGGCCAUUCCCUUAUCCUCCAGAGAGGUUGAUGAUAGAUUUGCUUGGCAUCUCGAGAAGAAUGGAAAGUUUACGGUGAAAACUGCGUACAGAUUUUCAUUCUCUACUUCUUCUUCUCGUAGUCCCUUUGAGCUCACAGUUGGUGCGACUUUCUGGAAAAAGAUGUGGAAGGUAUGCUACAAUCCUCAUGCUAUGCAUUACAAUAUUUUGGAAUGGUUCAACUUUUGUGCAAAAGAGUUGUUGUUGAGAAGUCUAGGUGAUUUGAUGUACCUACUUUGGGGAGUCUGGAAAGAACGUAAUUGUAGGGUGUGGGAGCACAAAAGUAGUCAAGUUGGUGAAGUCUUGAUCAAGGUAAUUUCACGAUUGAAUGAGUUUCGUUUUCAUAACUUGAAAACUGAACCAAGUGGAGUAAGAACACACAUGGUUGUACGCUGGAAACCACCGCCUGUGGGGUGGUUUAAAGUGAAUGUUGAUGGGGCUUACAAUUAUGCUUCAAGAAGAGGUAGUGGUGGGUUUGUGAUAAGAGACUUUCAGGGUACUAUGGUUGCUGGAGGGGGUAAGGUGUUGCCUGGUUUGAUGUCGCCAGAACACGCAGAGGCUAGGGCAUGUAGUUUGGCUGCUCAAUUUGUGGUUGAACAUGAUUAUCUUCCAGCUAUCUUGGAGACUGAUUCUCAAAUUGUGUACAAUCAUUUGAUUACCAGGGAUGGGCGUAAUACCUCAACCUUGGGGCGUAUUUAUGAUGAUAUUGGUGUCAUUCUGGAUGCUCAUCCUCACUUGAAGGUUUCUCACACAAGGAGGUCUGCAAACACAGUAGCUCAUCUCAUGGCUGCAUGUUCUCGUUCUUUUACUGAAGAAACUUUUUAUUUUUCAGCUCCUUCCUUUCUUCUGACGGCUUUGGCAGCUGAGUUUUGUAAUCUGUAG